AUGGCACCCGUUCCCAUGCCGUCGGCGCUCACGUUCGAGCUCCUGGGCAAAUGCUCGGUCACGAAAGCGCGUGCUGCAACGCUGCACCUGCCCCACGGCCCCGUGCCCCUCCCCAUCUUCAUGCCUGUAGCCACGCAGGCUUCGCUCAAGGGUCUCACGCCUGACCAGCUCGAGGACCAAGGCUGCCGACUCUGCCUGAACAACACAUACCAUUUGUACGCCGACUGCACCAUGUCUGCGCCUGGUGCUGCCACAUCUGACAUCGUGGAGAGGCCUCAAGUGCUUGCCCCUCCCCAAGGCUCCAGCACCACGGGAGACGCUGACCAGUGCAGACAGUGGUGGGUAGGUGAUGCCGCCCUCGUGCUCGACGACGACGCGCCUGCUGACGUUAAGUCCAGCUUCCAGAUGGUGUCGCUGCUCAAGCUCGCCAAAGUGACCGAGGAAGGCGUGCGCUUCUUGAGCCCCCACGACGGCUCGCCCAUGCUGCUCACGCCCGAGCACUCCAUCUCCCUGCAGAACUCGAUUGGCUCCGACAUCAUCAUGCAGCUCGACGAUGUCAUUGCAACCACCUCGCCCGACCAUGCGCGCAUGAAGGAGGCCAUGGAGCGCUCCGUCCGCUGGCUCGAUCGCUGCAUACAAGCCCACCAAUACCCUGAGCGGCAGAACCUCUUUUGCAUCAUACAGGGCGGCCUGGAUCUGGACAUGAGGAAAGAGUGCACAGCCGAGAUGGUGGCGCGAGAUACCCCAGGCAUUGCAAUCGGAGGACUCUCGGGCGGUGAAGAGAAGGAAUCGUAUUGCAACGUCGUGCAGACUUGCACCGAGCUGCUGCCGGAGAAGAAGCCGCGAUAUGUCAUGGGCGUGGGUUAUCCAGAAGACCUCGUCGUCUCAGUCGCGCUUGGCGCAGACAUGUUCGACUGCGUGUGGCCAACCAGGACUGCACGCUUCGGCAAUGCCAUUACAUCCGCUGGCGUGCUCAACCUCCGCAAUGCUGUCUAUUCUGACGACUUUGGCCCAAUCGAAGACGGCUGCCAGUGCACUUGCUGCAGACCUGCUGCACAAGGAGGUCUGGCCAUCACUCGCGCCUACAUCUAUCAUGUCACCGCCAAGGAGACUGCUGGCGCCCAUCUGUUGACGAUGCACAAUGUACACUAUCAGCUGAAUCUGAUGCGUCUGGCACGCGAAGCUAUCUUGGAGGAUCGGUAUCCCCAGUUUGUGAGAGACUUCUUCGCAAAGUUGUACAAUCAGCAAAAGGAAAAAUAUCCACAAUGGGCCGUUUCUGCAUUACGCGGCGUCGGCGUUGACCUUCUCAGCGAUUUCAGCGAUUGA